AUUCAGCAAUGAUACCGUUCGCCACGGCGGCCGUUUCGAAUGCCGAUUGGAUGCUGAAAUCGAAACUAGUGUAACUUGGGACUAGGAUACGGAAAUAGCUAUCGUCGAUGAAACUAUGACGAACCAGAUGUCCAUCUCCUUCCGCUCUAUAAAUAUGGACGAACACGAGAAGAACUUGAUGACAGGAACGUUGGAGCAGAGGAAGGAGGCCUUCAAAGAGGACGAGGAGCUCAUGAGGGAAACCACGAAAUUUAUCAGCGAAGUGAUAGAGACCGCCGCUACGGAAGCUUCGAAAAGAAAGAUUCAGUCGGAGGGAGCUGGCACAGGUGAAGGUAGUAGAUUGAAGGGUGGCGAUACCAUCGCUGGCUGGAACAACCGUGCGCGUGGAUUCUGCAAUCGUAUUCUCAAUGCGCUUUGCCCGUGCUUCACUAACCAUGAACUGUUCGCCUGGACUCCAUACCGGUAUCGCUUCACAAGACCUUAACCGUUCGAUGACUCUUCGGAUUUUCCAUUCCGUCAUGCGAGUUUGCCACGAGCAGACAAACAAACAAAAUAGAAUUAAGUUCUUUCCAUUAUUAAUUUGUAUCUUGAAUCGCGUCUCUCGUGCGGGUCAACCGAAAGCAUCGCAUAUCCUGUUUGUGAAAAUCGGCGCGGCUUUCCAUUUCUCGGUCUGGCUGGAGUAGAACACGUCGUUAGGGAAGAUAUUAAUCACGUGCAAACAAUGAAGACUACCGUACGGCACACGAAAAGUCAUUGUCGACAUAUGCCCCAAUCAAUUUUCCUGGUGUUUUGUGAAGAAAAGCGAGAGUUUAAUCUGCUGUGGCUGCUGUGCAGCCGAGCGCGAAGAAAGCUACAUUAGUGUUCAAUGGAAAAGGAAACUAUAUAAAUGUAAGUGAAACUGACUCGUGUACUUAAUUUCUGAGCAAACUGUGUCGCCUUGUAGAGCAGUUUGAUAAAAAAUACGGUAAUAGUUAGUUUUCUAUUUCGUCCAACUUUGAGAUAAUUGUCAUUUUUACUAUUAUGCCUUCCGAUUCUGUAAGUUUCUCAAAUGGUGACAGAUAGUUCCUCUCGCAUUAUUCGCAACAUUAAACUUUCUUUGAUCCAACGUAUAAAAAAGGAAUUUUUAUAUACUAUUAAACGAAAAGACACAUAAUAUUUAAAUUUUAAUGUUUUUACAUUUUCCUCUGCGAAAUCAGCAAAAUGAUGAUGGUGUGCAUAAGCUAAUUUUAUAUUAUACGAAAGUUGAAAGAUGAAAUAUUGGAAUUUAUAACAAAAUAUGUAAAAAGAGUUAAACCAAGAUGUGAUGACACUGAUGACAUAUUACAUUGUCGAGAUUUACGGAAUGAAUAACAUUUGACAUAUCGGAUAUAUCAAAUUGUAAAAAGAUUAUAUUAUAACCCGACAGAAGAUUAUAUUUUACCUUACCGGUUUACAAUUUGUUGAAUAUCUAAAAGGAAUACGACACGGUUUUCAAUAAAUUCAGAGAUAUUUAACUGGUUGAACGUCUGUUCAAGUUUGAAGGCAUUAUCAAGGAUAGCAAUAAUGCAUGUGAAUACAACUAGAAAAUUUGUAUCAAACUGUACACUUUACGUAUUUAUGUGUCAUAGAAUGUCAAACAAGAGAAUUAGUCAAACGUACCGUGCUCCGUCGUGCGGUCAAUAUUAGUUUUGACUUGAAAAUUAUCAAAGAGGGUUCCGUUAUAGAUAAGCAACCGUAACGCAAUAGCUUGCCAGGCACUGGAGAAUCGGAUCAAUACCGUUGGUACGGAACUGUCAACACAUGUAUAAGAUUAUCAGAAAUGUAGAUGCGUGAGUAGGAUUAUCAUAUUUAUUUCUUCCCGAAUCUGUAAAGCCUCAUUAAGACUACGGAAAGGAUCAUUUGUGUGCGGAUCGCGUUGUAAUAGAGAAAUUAAUCGGUUGCAAACAUAAAUUUCAACAGAUAAUCGACUAAGUUCUCAAAGCGCUGUGUGUUAUCCGUAUUCACAUUAAAUGUACCUGUGUCAAUCAACAUUAUAAGCCGUUAGAUAUAAUUGUACAAUUACACGUUACACAGGGUAUUCUCGGGAGAGACGCGAUAUACACGCGACAGCAGUUUCACUCAGAGAUCAAAAUUUUCUCUCAAUAAUUUCUCCCAGAAUUUCUCUCAAUAAAUAUUAUUCAAGUCUGUCUGUGCCUAUUCUGAUGGAAAAUCUAAUUUCACAAACAAGUGAUUCGACAAAAUGUCGAGGCGAGCAUCCACGACAUUUGUCCCAUUUUUUUUAAAAUAUUCCGUGGAUAUUCUCCACGAUACGUCAAAAGAAAGGAUCGAUACAAAUCGUUUGGGUUUAAUCCCUGUGUAACGUGUCACUACUGUGUACGUAAACGGCGACGACUAUAUUUCGACGUUGAAACAUUGGCGGAACAUUGGAAAGGUGUCGGAAAGAAAAUCAAUAUAUCCACGCGGUCCUCGUUUUGGCCACGAAUCGCCGGUUGCGGAGCAUGUGCCGCCUACGUAUUUUCACUGGCAAAAGCUAACGAAAGCGGGUGCUUUUCCCCCCUUUAAAGCGUCGCCUUUUCGCUCUUAAUCGUUCGUCUAUAUGUGCAUAUUUUAAUUCCGAUCAUAGUGUGCAAGGGGCAUGCUAGGUGGUUGCGGGGGUCCAAUAUGUUUAUUUUCUUGCACACACGCACACACAUGUAAAACAUACACACACAGACACAUACACACCUAGCAGAUUGUCCCUGAUAAUUUGCUGAACUGAAUUCUCAUUCGCAUAUUCUUGGAACAAAGGGAGACUACGCAAAGAAAUACUUCACGUUGCCUACUUAGAUGUAUAGAGGGAUCAACAGUGUAUUAUGUAUAUCGGAGACGAGUGACAAUCAAAUGUGUGUGAAUUGUCGUGAUAUAUGUACAUAUAUAUAUGCGUUAUAUAAAUACAGAUAUAUAAAAUUUCAUAUCGCGAAAAACUUUGUAUUUUGCGUUACCGGGACACUCGAUAUAUAAAGGCAAAUGUAUUAUAUUGCAUCACUAUCUUCAUAUCUUCGGUACCGCGAAAUCGCAAGCAGUCAUUGAUAGAUAUCAAACUACCAGACACAUGUACCAUCGACAGACUCACCGCACUUAUGAAAGUAUUAUUCUGAAAACGAUGUCACGUAUAUAAAUACACAAUAAAUAUUUACGUUAAAAAGAA